AUUCGUGUUUAAUGAUGCUCGUAAAGUCGUAACGCUGUGCCUGUACCCGUGUUGAUUUUAAUAUUUGACGAAAUUCAUUAAAUUACCAACAUCCAAAACAAGAGUUAAUCCUAGAUGAUUACCUGCACCCCAGGGUCUCCAAGGUAUAAAUUCAGCUGGUGUAUUUGGUGGGUACCCGUUUUCAGGGGUCCAAUUUGCAGACGGAUUUGGAAAGGUGAAUAUGAAUGGCGUAAAAGAAAAAAAUGACGAGAUUUCUACAAUUUACAAAAUAUUUAAAGAAUUAUAUUUGAAAGCUCCACCAAUUUUAAAAGAUUUAUCAAGUAAAUCUAUAGAUAUUGAUUACAAAAAAAACCUAGAUGAUCAUAUAGAUUUUAUAACCAUUGAAAAAUAUUUUCAAGAUAAAAAGUACUGUUCAAUAACUGAUGUAGUUAAAGAUAUAAGACUUGUGUUUUUAAAUUGUUACAAGUUUUAUGGUACUGAAAGUGAUCAUACAAUUAAAUCAUUAGAACUUGAAGAACUAUUAGAAAAAGAAAUUAGUUGCCUAAAUGAGUAUUACAGAGCAUUAGCUGAUAUUAAACUUACCUUCAAAUUGCUUGACUUAGAUGAAAAACCAAUAUCCAUUGUCCAGUACCCAAAAGAUUGUUAUGAUUCGAUAUUAUUGAAAUCAGUAGCACACUGUCACCCUGAACGAUUAAAAAACGAAAAUUAUAAAAUAUUGUGUUCUACUAAUGGUGUAGAUAAUGCCCAUGUAUUAGAAGAACUAACAGGUUGGGAAACAGAAAUUUAUUUUAUUGAUCAUUAUCAAUAUAUUAGUUCAAUGUGGGAGUUACCAGAAAUAGGUAACUUUCUGGCAAUUAUAUUUAAAGAACUUGAUAUUGACAUAAUAAAUCAAGGUAUAAUUGAAAGAAUGUUUGUAAUGCCUAAAGAAUCAACAACUAUGAGCAAAAUCAUGUCUUUUUUAUUAAUGCCAACUAAAAAAAAUAUAAAAUCUAGUGAUCAAAUUAUGCCUUAUAAAGUUUGGUCUGAAAAACUUAGCAACAGAUUAUCAGAAUGGUAUAAAAUAUAUCAUGCAAAAGAACGAAAUAAAGUAAAUGUUAUGAAUUUGCUGGGUAUCCAUCCAGAUUUUUGGGCUGUUGUAGGUGAUGAAAAUCCUCUAAUUGUAAACGAUUAUUGUGAACUAUCAUAUUUGGUUAAGGUUUGGCUCGUAAAAGGACUCUGUGAUUAUGUUACUAAUAAAUAUAAGACCAUCAAUGAUAUUAUAUUAAAUUGCAAUGAAAGACAAUGUACAAUAUGGAAGAAUGAUUUGGAAACCGAAGAAUAUUUUUAUUUUAAAUCAAUGCCUGAUUUGAGGAUAUAUUAUUAUUUUAUUCCAUAUGAUCAACCAAAUCUUGAAUUUCUUCAAACAGAAAAAAUUAAAGAAGACACAAAGAAUGAAGAACUAUUGUCCAAAUCUAGUAUUCCUAAUAUUUUUUUUUCUAAUUUACGAGUACAACCAAAUGGAAAAUAUUUUAAAAUUAUAGCCGAUUCUGUUCAAGGUUUAAGAGCAUUCUUAAAUGAACUUGAUAUUGAAAAUAAAUCUGUCCCUAAUAACUUAAUAAGUGCUUUAGAAAAAUUCAUUAGAGAAAUUGAACCAGAAGAAUGUAAUCUAAUUGUUUUAAACAAUAACUCUAAAAUAAAAUUGUAUAAAGAAUGGAAAUCUUAUUCAGAGAGAUAUGAAAAUGAUGAGAAUAAAGCAAUAAGUUGGGAAAAAAAAGAAUCAAAAUCAAUAUCUCAAGUUGUCAAUAAAGAAAUCAUUUCGGAGAAACGAAAAAGAUCUAUUGUUCAACCAAAAUAUAAUAGUAAUAAUUUUAUACUUUAUUCUGAUGAAUAUGAAAGUAAAAUUGAUGAAGAAUGUAGUGAAACAAAUGAAUCUUAUAAUGACUAUAGUGACUCUGAGGACGAAUGGGGUCUUAUAAAUCAGAUUAAGACUAAUAUAACUAAACAAGCGACUAAACUUGAAGAACUCGAAAGAAAAUUAAUAAAAGAAAAGAAAUUGUCAAACAUCAACGAAAAAGUUGAACCUACUGAACUCCAAAAAAAUCUAAAUUCAGUUAAAAAAAAGUUAGUAAAUAAAAAAUGUGAUUAUUUUAGUUCAAAUAACAUGGUUAAUGAAAAGAAUAUGAACGAUAUAUUAUUAAUUGACAGUGAGGACGAAGAAGAUAAAGAAAUAUUUGACAGCAAUAAGUCAAAUCAUAUUGUUGAAAAUUAUAAAAAUGAUGUGUCGAGUGAUGAAGUUAUUUUACUAAUUGAUAGUAAGAAAGAAGAAGAUAAUCAAAUAAUUGUAAGCAAUAAGCCAAAUCAUAUUGUUGAAAAUGAUCAAAAUGAUGUUUCGAGUAAUGAAGUUAUUUUACUAAUUGACAGCGAGAAAGAAAAAAAUAAUCAAAUACUUGCUAGCAAUAAACAAAAACGUAAAAUAGAUAGCAGUACGAAUAAAGAAGAAACAGAUACUAAAAAAAUUAAUAUUGGUGAUUUAAAAGAUGCAGAAAUCAUAACAUUAAAUGAUGAUAAUUUGUACAGUUGUGAAAUUCUUAGCAAGAAUAACGAAAAAGGUAUUUCUACAAUAAGCAAUUCUGUUGAAUCUAACAAAAAUGAUGAAGUUAUUUCAAUUGAAGAUGAUGAAGAAAUUCUUAUUAGCGAUGAUGAUGAUGAUGAUAUACAGUUUAUUGGGUGCUCUAUGAAAACUCAGAAUUUAGAUAUUAAUAAACCUUCAAGAUUAAGGAAUAAUUUUAACAGAUCACAAAAUUGUAUUUCCAGAAAAAAGCAAAUAACUAAUACCACUUAUACUACUAAUACCAAUUAUGUUAAACGCCAAGCACCACUUACAAAAUCUAAUAUACCAAAGCUUUCACCAAAUAUUUCUAUAAUACCAGCUAAUAUUCAUCUACCUAAAGAUAUCCAAGUCACUGUGGUAAAGAAACAAACUACAAUGCCUGUGUAUUUUAAUUCUACCAAAAAAAACUUUGGGUCUAAGAGUGAUCAGAAUAAUUCUAAAACUGUUAAUGUAAAAUGUAAAGUUAUAACAAAAUCAAAUUAUGAUGGUGAAGUAAAGUUUUAUAUUGAUUUACCAAAUGGUAAAUAUCAUCCUGUAUCUGAUGAGUUGAUGAAUCAAUACUUAAAGGAGCAUAAUAACAGAUUACCUGAUUACUGGUUGGUACCUUUAUCAGUAGAGGUAGCAAAAGAAUAUGGUUUUGUCUAAGUUAUGUUAUAAAAACAUAAUUUAUAGUAUCAUCCUGUUUUACAAAUGAUCUCUAUUUUACUAUUAUUAUUAUUUUAGAAAUCAAAUAAAUAUACUAGAUCUUA